CGCGCUGAGACGUCACUUCCGCCUCUGCCAUUUUGACGCUCCAGCUGAGGAGAGGCAAUUGAAUUGCUGCUGCGGCGUUUGCAAAGGCAGGGAGCUACGGUUCAUUUUACACAUUGUUUAUUGAAAACCAACAAAAGAAGCAGUUUCAUAACGAGGAGGAAAAGACCCAGAGCCUGGGGAACACGGCUACAUGAGCAGGAUGUCAGACUUCGACAGCAACCCGUUUGCAGACCCGGACUUCAGCAACCCUUUCCAGGAUCCUUCAGUAACUCAAGUAACACGAAAUGUUCCUCAUGCAUUGGAAGAAUAUAAUCCUUUCACAGAUUCAAGAACAGCACCUCCUGGUACAAGCAACAAAAUGCCCCCAGCAACAAGCACACAGCCAGCUAUCAUGAAACCGACAGAGGAGCCUCCUGCUUACACACAGCAUGCACAGGAUCAAGCUCUGGCACAAGCUGCCUUGAUGAAACGCCAGGAAGAGCUAGAGAAAAAGGCAGCAGAACUUGAUCGCAGAGAGCGAGAAAUGCAAAGUCUAAGCCAGCAAGGAGGCAGGAAAAACAACUGGCCACCUCUUCCAGAAAAGUUUCCUGUGGGACCAUGCUUUUACCAUGACAUUGCGGUAGAUAUUCCAGUCGAAUUUCAGAAGACAGUAAAGAUUAUGUACUAUUUAUGGAUGUUCCAUGCAGGGACGCUAUUUCUGAAUAUUUUUGGUUGUCUGGCCUGGUUCUGUGUCAAUGCUUCACGAGGAGUGGACUUCGGGCUCUCUAUUCUUUGGUUCUUGCUCUUCACUCCAUGUUCGUUUGUCUGUUGGUACAGACCCAUGUAUGGUGCAUUCAGGAGCGACAGCUCUUUUAGAUUCUUUGUUUUCUUCUUUGUAUAUAUCUGUCAGUUUGGUGUACAUGUGCUUCAAGCAAUUGGUAUUACAGGAUGGGGAAACUGUGGCUGGAUUUCUGCACUUACAUGCCUUAACAGUAGCAUUCCUGUUGGUAUAAUAAUGAUUUCAAUUGCAGCCAUGUUCACAGGCUCAGCAGUGAUCUCAUUAAUUAUGUUCAAAAAGGUGCAUGGACUGUACAGAACUACUGGAGCAAGUUUUGAGAAAGCACAGCAAGAGUUUGCUACAGGAGUUAUGGCAAACAAAACCGUGCAGACAGCUGCAGCCAAUGCAGCUUCUUCUGCUGCCCGCACAGCUUUCAAGGGUGAUCAGAUCUAAGGAGACAAAAGACCUUCCUUCUCAUUUACUUUUCUCACUACAUUGUUCACACCAUGUUUGUAUUCCACUUACCAAUACUUGACUUUACUCUCAUUUAUUUAAUGUACUCUUGUAAUUGACUGGAUUUGUCCAUUUCACACAGCAUGUAUGUGAAGUUCCUCUAGGCACCCCAAAAACCUGAUAUGUGCAUGGGCUGUAAACGAAGACUACUUCCCCAGCGCUAUCUUGAACAGAAUUGUCUAGAUUGUUCCCUUCAGAUGCUGGUAGCAAUAACUCAAAAAUAAAUCAGGAUGAUUGAUGGCACAAAUUCUUAAUCCUAAUAUUAAAAGUGUGCUGCUUCGGCUUUCUACUCAACAGCCUGUUCAAUGACUUAGUGGGCUGCUCUGUAGCAAAAUGAGGCUGCAUUUAUAAAUAUUUGGCUCAUUUUUUCUCUAGGUGACUGUUACAUUUUAUGGCCAUGGGAGGGCAGUGUUCUGCAGAAAAUGAAUGUUUGUUUUCCUGUUAUGACCCCAAACACAACAUAUUUUAAAAUUAUACUUGCUACUGUGCUGUUAAUCUAAAAGUAUAAAGAUAGUAUGCCCAUUUACUCUCUGCAUUGGCAUGAGUAUUUGUGAAAGAUCAGUAUUGGUUAUUUUUGUUUAUAAAAUAUUUCAUUGUUCUUUAAAAACUGGUGACAAUGAAAAUUAAAUCAAAAACAAAAUCGGAGAAGCUAAAUAUAUUAAAGUAUGCAUUUUCAUUAAUUUUGAAUACUUACAAAACCAUCAAAGUUCAGAGAGUUGUUUUAAGAUUUUGUUUAGGUACUUUUUUAAGUGUAUAAACUAAUAUAUGUUUUGUAAAUUUAGAGGUUUGUAAAUUUAUUAGGUACAGUGGAACCCUGUUUAUUUUUCUGAAAUUCAUUUUUUAGAUGUCUGAUACUUAUUUUAUGCACUGCCGUUUGAGGCACUGAGGUCAUUUUUAGAGUAUUGCUGCUGACAUGCUUUGUUUUUAAGCCAGGUAAAAAUCACAGUUAAGGUAUAUUGUGUUAUGCUAAAACAGACAAAGGGGCGCUAAUGGUAAAUAACAGUUUUAAUCUGUGAAACUGUAAUGAGAGUCCUUGCUUUUUGAGUUUGUUGUACAUGGAAAUUAGUGACACAGCAAUCUAACGGUGAGAUAAAAUUGAGGGAGUGUUACAGCACUUUAUCUAAAAGCUAAAAAUUAGGAUUAGCUAGUCAGUGGUCAACUAUAACAUUUAUUGUACUAUCAAUACUGCUUUUAGCAACGAGAUUUUACUUUUAAUGAAAACAUGUGCCACCAAAACAGCAUGCAGUCAAAAUGGAAAAGUCAGCAAAAUACAGAAAUUGGAUCGGCUUGGAAUAAAAUCAAUAUCCCAUCAAAAGUUUUAUAUUAAUGACCUUCCAUUCUCCUCAAUGACAGAAGGCUUUACUCCCAGCUUGAUCUGAGUUUACAUUUCUUUUUUUUUUAUUGUUUUCUUUUAAAUCCUGAAGACAUUAGUGAAGCCUGUGGACCAAGAUAUAGUGAGUGGUCACAGUUGUAAUGGAUACCUUCCUGUGUAUACUGAAAUAAAUAUCAGAAGGUAAGCAAGAGUGAAGUUAAAAUGAAGAUUGCAGAGUUGCAGAAAUAUCUUUAGGUCAUCGUUACAAAAGCGAUGGAGAUGUGAGACUUACCCUUAACACUUGGGUGAUUUUUCCAGUAAAGUGUAUUUCAUGACCAUUUUCUCACCUACAAUAGAAGGAUUGAUUGACAUCUGUGUGCACAAGUCAAAUCAAAAAGAUCUCCUUAAAGUAAUACCAAAAUAUUACAAAAACUGCUUGAUUUACACAAACUGUUGAGUCUGUUAAACUGCUGUGAAGUUGUGGUGAAUAUUUUCUGAACAAAAGGUGUGAAUUUUGUACUUUGCUCUCUGACCUUAACUUUAAUGCUGACCAUUCAGUUUUUCUUUUAUUUUGACCAACUUUAUAAACAAGGUUCUACUGUACAUAAAAUCCUUUGAACUGAUAAUGUUGAGAUAAAGAGAUUUAAUUUUUAAUGCUUCAAAAAUCAGUUUUUGUAACACAUUAGUCCCACAGUUUGAAGUCUCUAGAAAUACAUCAUUCUCAACACUUGCUCCUCUGCUCUUGAUUCAUUUAUUAUUUUCCCGUUAAUGGGGAGGUCGGCAGAGUACCUUGUGUCAUUGUGCUAUUUUUCAAUAAUUUGUUUUGAAAUUCAAGAACACUAAGAAAUUUCCUUGGCAUCUAGAAAGCAAUUAAAAAGUAACCUGACUUUAGACCUAAUUCACAAUGCUUAAAAAUAUUGCAGUGUUUUCUUUUGGAUCAUAGACUUGUAUUUUCUUUAUUAAAGUAACAAAAAGUCAUUCUUGGGGGAGAAUCCUAAGACUAAAUUAUUAUUAAUUUAGCACAUUUUGCCUUUUUCACAGCAAGAUCUUCACUCCUAGUCAAAUUCUCUAAAGCAGUUCUCUCUGUGUCACAACCAUCACCCCUGAGCCCAAGAUAUUUUGUCCAUAAUAACAUGUACAGUACAAGUACGAAAGACAUCAUCAUGAAUGGAGAGAUGGAUUGGUGGUCUGUUUUCCUUAACUCUUUAUCUAAAAUAGUAUGCUCAUUAAAAGCAUUGGUUUACCUUCUCAACUGUUCUUUGUCUGUGGGUUUGAACCCUGAUUUGUUUGCUCGUGUUCACUGUUGUGUUCAGUGAACAAGGCAGUUUUUGUUUGUUGCUGCCAGUUCUUAUGUUUUAAUGCAUUGUAGCAUUAUGUGAACAAACAAAAAUAGUCUUUUCUAAAUGAUCCUCUUUAACUGUGUAUAUAUUCAUAUUUAAGUAAAUAAUACAAAUCAAUGAUCAGCUACAUUUUGAAACUAUUCCAGCCUUUUCAUAAUGAAAACUCACUAAAGAGGUAUUUAACUGCUACUACUCAGGUGAUAUAUUUCAAUGCAUGUGUAAUUACCUGAAAUACUUAACAGGGCUUUGUGUGUUUUAUUUAUUCUAAAAUACACACGAGUACAAACCUAGAGCAUAGGAAGACUUUCACUGUUCAGCCGGCUUGUUGGUAGGCAUAGAUUGUUUAGCUAUGUUUUUGCUACGUGAACUGCGUGGCAUUUUAUGGUAGAUACGAGCAAGCAUUCAGUUUUGCAGUUAGAAUAAAUCAUUGUAUGUGCACACUUUUAGGCCCUUUGUUGAAUUUGGCUUGUUUUUGUUUUAAGUUUGAAAAGUAAUUUAAUUGAGACGUGUGAACUUUAGAAACAUUGAAUGGAGAAAUUCUCUUUUAAUCAUACAUAGGUUUAUUUAUUCUUGAUUUAGAAUGAUUUGAUAUCCUUGUGCAUUUACAAGUAUUGUUGUUUCUACACCCAAAAUGUUACAUAAUUAUCCAGGAAAGGAAAACAUUUUCCGGUGUUCCCUUUAUUUCUGCAUGGCUCUUUGUUUAGUUAUCUGUUGCCACCGAUGAUAACGGUGUAUAGUGUAAGAAUUAAAUUAAGAUAUUUUUUUGUCUGCAGACUAACCCAGAAAGGCAGACACAGUGUUUUUAAAGGUGUUACACCAACAAACGUUAUGUGAUCACAGGCUAACCUGCAGCCUUCCAUUGUAGUCUACUGUGUAUGAACUGCCUUUGAUUGAUGGAGGUACUGUGGUGUAGCUGGUGAACAUUAUAUGUACAGACCUAAUAUUGUAGCUAUAGGUUAUCUGUACUAAUUCUAAAUACAUCUUAAUAGUUAAACGAAAAGCUUAAUGUUUCCCUACUUUAAAGCUCUUGUACUCCAUUCCAGGGGCUUACCGUUCAGAGGAUCACAUGUGAAUGACCACAAGAACCUCCUUUAAAUUUUGGCCUGUGUUUAUCUAUUUACUACAUUAAACAGAUGUCAUUUUUAUAACAACUUAAUGACAUAGAGCUGCUUCCAGAUAUGUGUGCUCCAGGACCAUUACACGAGGGCUCUAUCUUAAUCUCAUCAUUGAAAAUGAGUCCACCGGUAAGAUGUCAUUUUGUGUUGUUUUUUUCAGUACGUCUUUGGUGGACUUUUCAUUUCUCCACAUGGGAGGGACUUUUUGUUUAUCUCAACUCCAUUAGUAUGCUAUUAGGCAGAGGAGUGGGUGCCAGGUCAGUGCUUUUUCCUCAGCUUUUUACUUCUUUAAAUUUCAAAAUUACAUAAAUUGAAGCAUUGUGAUAAAAAAUACUCUUAAGAUAUUUUCAAGUCCAAUUCGGUCAUGUUGUGGAUCCAGCCUCAUAUCUGUAUUUAAGUUUUGGUGUGGAUAAGUGAAUGCUUUGCUCUCUUUCUCCAAUGUGCCCGAUAGCAUUGAUAGCAUUUCUCCGGGUGCCCGAUAGCAUUGACACUUUGUCUAGGAUCUAGGUGGUUGUGCUCCGAUCAUUCUUGAAUGUCCUAAGUGCUUCAUUCCAAGAAAAGUGCCUCUUGUGCACCCUCAGUUAGCCCUCUUUUCUAACUUUUUGAACCUGGUUUUAAUGUAUAGGACAUCUUGGCUGCAGGCAAACAUUUAUUUUAAACAUUUAUGUUCAAUCGUUCAUUUGAUUUUCAUUUUUAUUUUACUACGAAAGGCUGUGGAAUGUUUGAGUUUUUUUUGCAAUUUUUUUUUCAUGAAAAACAUAAUUAAGUUUCCAACACAUUCUUUUCCUAAGUCUAAAUGUGUCACUAAAUUUCCUUUCCAGUCAGGUUUCUGUAUUAAUCUGAAAAGGGGAUUUUCUUUUAUUUUCUAAAUACUAACACAUGACAUCUGAAUGUGUUUUUUUUUUCUGCAGUAUUUUGGUUUUGUAAUCAUUGGAUUAACAAGUGAUGAUGCAAAUUGAAUACUUGAGGUUGAGGCAAUGUGAGUUUGUUCGUUUAUGCGUGUUGAUUUGAACUAUGAUUGUUGGUUAUAUUUUGAAAGAAACUGUGCAGCUUAUACACUGUAAGUCAAUGAAGCCUAGUUAGAGGUGGGCCCAUGAGGACACCUUUGUAGAAUCCGAGGGAUAUUUGUAUAUUUUGUAUAAAACAAAAAUAACAAAUGGUCUACCAUUGUUGAGUUUCAUUGUACUGUACAAAUGCACUCUGUCCCUCUUAUGUUGCAUGUCAAGUAGUUUGAGUUUUGUAUAUUUAUUGUAUAAACAAAAGUCUCAAAUAAAAAAGGAAAAAAGAAGCAGCAGCCCGUGGUUUCACAUUUUGCAACUA